AUGGGCCAGACCUUAUCAGAGCCCGUGGUCGAGAAGUCAUCUUUCGAGGGGCAAGAUGAGUGUGUUCUGUACGGUCUCUCCGCCAUGCAGGGCUGGAGAAUUAGCAUGGAAGACGCCCACACGGCCGUCCUUGACCUCCAAGCGAAAUACCUGAGCAGUUCCGGAACCGCCACCCCGGCUGACAAGCGUCUUUCCUUCUUCGGUGUUUAUGACGGGCAUGGAGGAGACAAAGUGGCACUGUUCGCCGGUGAGCACGUCCAUCGCAUUGUAGCGAAGCAGGAGGCCUUUGCGAAAGGCGAUAUCGAGCAGGCUCUGAAGGAUGGCUUCUUGGCUACCGACCGGGCUAUCUUGGAAGACCCCAAGUAUGAAGAAGAAGUGUCGGGCUGCACAGCCGCUGUUAGUGUCAUCUCAAGAAACAAGAUCUGGGUGGCAAAUGCUGGUGACUCGCGGUCGGUGCUGGGAAUCAAGGGUCGUGCAAAGCCCAUGUCUUUCGACCACAAGCCUCAGAAUGAAGGCGAAAAGGCAAGAAUCAGUGCGGCUGGUGGAUUUGUUGAUUUUGGUCGUGUCAAUGGCAACCUAGCUCUGUCCCGCGCGAUUGGUGAUUUCGAAUUUAAGAAGAGUGCCGGGCUCUCUCCUGAGCAGCAAAUCGUAACCGCAUAUCCGGAUGUCACUGUGCAUGAGAUCACUGAGGACGAUGAAUUUUUGGUUAUUGCCUGUGACGGUAUCUGGGAUUGCCAGUCCUCCCAGGCGGUCGUCGAGUUUGUUCGGAGAGGGAUCGCCGCCAAGCAGGACCUCCACCGAAUCUGUGAGAACAUGAUGGACAACUGCCUUGCUCCUAACAGCGAGACAGGCGGUGUGGGCUGUGACAACAUGACGAUGGUAAUCAUCGGCCUUUUGCAUGGCAAGACCAAGGAGGAGUGGUACAACCAGAUCGCUGAGCGAGUUGCGAACGGCGACGGCCCUUGCGCUCCGCCCGAAUACGCUGAGUUCCGCGGCCCUGGAAUCCGCAAUGAAUUUGGCGAAGGAGCGGACGAUUACGAUCUGGAUGAAGAGCGCAGCCGUGGUUUUGGCGUCCGCUCUGGCAGAAUCAUCCUCCUGGGAGACGGUACCGAGGUCUUGACCGAACAGAACGACGACCAACUCUUUGAACACAACAUCGAGGAAGAGAAGAACGAGGCCACCCCGAACGAAACCUCGGAUGCCGCGCGAACUGAACGCGAAGGCACGCCGGGACCUCAAUCAAACCAUGCCAUUCCUUCCUCAACCACUACCGAAUCCCCAUCUUCCUCCUCGACUACCACGACGACCUCUACAGCAGCAGAAGGCUCUACUGUGGCUACUGAGAAAUCCACUUCUUCAUAG